AUGGAUUACACCCGUGAGUUGUCGGGAGAAGAAGACGACGGCCACCAGCAGACUGGUCGUAAGCGCACCGGCGAAGCUAAUACCGGGGCCGAUGACGGAUUUCGGAAGCCGCCAAAGAAGAAGGUGUCGAAGCAGCCGCAGCAGCGGCCUGACGCGGACGCGGUGCCAACGUCUAACCGCUAUGACGUCAUCCAAGAUGGCGCGGACGGCGUUCCACCGCCCCAGCAGCAACAGCAACAGCAGGGGCCGCAGCAGCAACCGACACACAGAGUGUCUGGUUCGUUGCUUGGGACGUAUGCACGGCCCGUCGGUCUACCCCCAGACGGGUUCGACCCCGAAGACUGCCUCAAUGUCACGGUGACCGGCUGGGGCGGCAGGUCCACCAGUGGCCUGCAAGCGGUGAACCUGCGCAAGGUGGACAUCAGCAUCUUGGCGCGCCGUAUCUGCCAGGACCUGUUCGCCGGCUUCAACGCGGUUAGAGAGAGGAUGGUGUGUGCCGGGGAGGCCGGCGAGAGCGUCUGCGGGGGCGACUACGGCGGCCCGCUGGUCAGCGGCGCCGCGCAGCUGGGCGUCGCCUCGUGGUCAGCCUCGCCGUGCGAGGCCACGCCCGCCGUCUUCACCUGCGUGGGCCAGCUGCGCUCCUGGGUCCGCGCCACCGCUGGUGUCUAG